AUGCAUCGACUGGAAACUAGUGUACGAAACUACCUUCAAAGGACGUCUUUCCCCAAUCAUUCCGUUGGUUUGUCUUACUUCAACACAUGUUCAUCCCCAAGUAAAACAGUUUGCCGUUAUGGAGGUCUGCGCCGCGUUUUAUUUCCAUGUCUUCAUUUAAAUCAUAGAACCCAAAACGGGGUCAAGCGGGAAGGAUCUACAGAGGUGCCGGGUUCCUCCUCACCAUUCCUCAGUCCAUUUUCAACUCGAGUGCGUGAGUUACUUUUGAAAUUCCCAAAGGUGUCAAACUCUGAGCGGUAUCGCGAUUGUUUUCACUACUCAGUAGGAAAUCGACGACGUGAGAUGUUAAUCCGAGAAGGCCAGGCCGCAGAGGAAGAUUUGUUGAUGUGGUUGGCCGUCACACCCUGCACAUCUCCGACAUCGGCAUUGCAUCCAUUACUGUGUUUGCGCGUGUUGGAGAGGCUCGGCUACGCCGUCUAUCGAAAGCCGGCUGCUGUGGAAGGCGAUCUUUUGAAUUUGUCCGACCAAACCACGUCGUCCGCAACGUCGAGUAUCGGCCGUCCAUCUCAUUAUUCUGAUUCAUCCUUGUUUUCCGAGGAUGCGCUGCGCGCCGGGGGUUGGCUUUCCCGGCAUGUUCAUCUUUCUCUUUUAACUUCUCCUUUACAGCUCCGCAAUAUUGCCGAUAAUGUCCUCACACCGUUAGAGGCUUUGAUCGGGGAUCCGUCGAGAAAUUCGAAGUCCCACCCGCAGGUCGCCCCAGUGUUAGACAUCGCCCUCGAGUGGUGGUGCACACUGCCCUCUUCCUCGCGUCUUCCGACUGAUUCAUGGAUGCCGCGGUUAGCGAGCUUUUAUAACUCUUGGAAAGUUAAGUUUCGACAAUUGGAUGAAGGCCGAGCGGAUGACUCACGCGUAGACACCAAGCCACCACCCAUUACCUUUUUACUGCCUUAUUUUGUAGAAAAAGUAAGAGAAAUCGAGCUGCACGAAGUUUGUCCUUCUCACAGCGACAGAAAUAGUGAUAACAACUUACCGAAAAUAAAAGGCAAUGUAAGGGUUAGUACAGAAAAUCGGGUACGCAAGGCAUUAGUGCAGCUGUUUGCUCUUUUUUUGUCAGCAUCUUCCCCGGCAAACCUCAAAAAUGGCGUUGAGCAACACUUUACAGAAGGGGAAAAUACGGCGCUAAAUCGUGAGGGUUCGCAAAUGUCAAAGACGUGUUCUCAAGAGUCUCAGCCCAUGUUAUCAAAACAAGAGAUUUUUUCCUUUGCAUGUACUAUUUCUUGUGAUGAGCAUGAAUUCACAUUGCCAUCAAUCACAUUACGGGAUUCAUUGCUUGUAAAUGUUCUUUUUUGGCAAGGCACGUCACCUCUUCUUGCAUUACCACUCGUAGCAGAUUCCUUGUAUAGGGCUGCCGUCUUGGUAUCUUCUUUCUAUGAAUCGUGUCGUUCCAGUGUCAGGAAUAUGACUAAUGAUACGUUUUUUGUUGAAGAAAAAGAGGAAUUGCUACAAGGGCGGAGUGCAAAGGAAGAUGCAAGGGUGCAAAAUUCGUGCUCUAAUCUAUUUACAUCUAGUAAGCAGCGCCUUGACAACGGUUUAAUGACUUUCCAAAUUCCUAUCCAUGACGACGAUACGUUACGUAAGCUCUUGCUACGCUUGUCUUCUGUCGUAGCGGAGCCUACUAAAUCCCCUUCUAUCAUUACUGCACGGGGUAGCGAGGAUUCUUGUGAGGAUGGGCCUGCCACCUGUCACAUCGUGCGUUUAAUUGAACCCGUUGUGCCCUUUGGCACUAACCUGGUGGGUCCGCACAUGAGAAACUCCACCGUAGGAGUUUCCAGCCGCGUUUCGCGUGAUAUCCAUGGCCACGACCCUUUUAGUUACACUGCCCACGCAUCCACUAGGCUCCCCAACAUGACUGAGGCCGAAGGUGACAUGCCCCUCCGUUGGGUCAACCCGUUACACGAUUAUCUGGUCGCCACUUACACGGAACAGGCCCCACACUUGACACCUUAUUGUAACAGGAUGGGGCUCAAUUCCGAUAGACCCCAACCCCAACAAGCCCUAAGGCUAAGUUUUGUUGGGGUAGUGAAUGUGUUGACUGCGGUGUUGGAGUGUUUUGCGCGAUCGCGGAAUAAAAGCGGUUGCGCCGCCGCUGCGCAUCGAAACUUUCAUUCCUCUUAUCAAAGUGCUAAUGCAUCCGAUGUGGAUGCUCACAGUGAUAACAAAAGAUGGUUAGAGUACACGGAAUUGGGUCACAUCACAUCCGAUUCGUUCACUUUGCUUCCAGAGAAGCAACGCGUGCAUGCUCUUAAGGAAAUUUGCGAGCUACUUCUGAAUCACGCCCGAAAGAGUCUCCGUCGAGAGCAACCACCGCAGCGAUGCACCACCGAAUGCAGCAAAACACCAGGUAUCGAUCAUUCAACUGAAGAAAAGAAAGACAACAUAGAGGAGUGGUUUCCUGACGUCCCUGUAGCUAAGCAGGAGGCUAUUCUUCGACGAAUGUGUGGUGCAUGCCGUGCAUUGGUGCGCGUGGUAAUGGAAGAGAAACGAUGUAGUCUUAUUUUAGAAGGACCCGAGGGGGCCGCUGUGAAUGCAGGUGGUGCUUCUUACUCGUUACCACCUGAGAGUGAUACUUCGACUGGAGUGCUAUUUUCUGGGAAUAAUCCUCAGGAACACAGCAAGAGAUUCGCCGAAGUGUUACGUAACACAGCUUUUCGUAUUCUUGAGCCCUCCCUGUGGCGUUAUUAUACUGUGUGUAAAAAAUUCGAGCCCCAACAUUUGAGUUUCACAACCCUUCAGUUAAUAUGUCACGGCUUGAUUUCUGCUUCACAGACGCUCAGGAAAGAAAUGAAUGCGCGACGCACCAAGACUUUCGUAUCACUGACUUUGAAGUUAUUAGCGCCUGGAAUUCGAACAGCGGAUCAAGCCUAUCUUUCUACGGUUGUGAAUAUUAAUGAAUCAUGGGAGCACGAGUUGUCAUCCUUCUGCGAGUCUAUGGAGUCUGUGUACAACAAUAUAGGCGGUGCUGCGGCUUGGAAGACUGCUUUGCACAUCCUGCGCAACCCACUACAGCAGCCGCUGCAUGCUGUGAUCGAAGGUAUUCGUCUUGUGUGUUUACAUAUCUUGCUUUUUCACAAUAGCGGUGAGACCAAUAGGAUCAAUUUCAAUAGUUCUGGGCGUAUCUCCGCUAUUGAAAAAGGGAAUGCGUGUCAUGAUAAGAAUGUUAAAAAAAAAUGUCAUGACCGCUGCAUCGACGAGCAUGUUCUAUUGGACGUUGUGCAGGCCUUUUUCUGUGUCUGGAAACACUAUGAUGCUGAAACAGAAAAUGGAAAUUUGAUCUCAGCGGCUGAUGUACUUCGAUCCCCGACAACUGUAGUUAAGAACGUUUCCCAAUCAAGUGAUAUGACGUCUAGCCCAAUGUUGUCUCGUCUUCUAUUGCUUGUUUAUCUUACCUUGCAGCGCUAUUUUUUGCGCAAUGGUAAUGGAAGUACCGCCUACGGCCUACAGUACGAUCUUGACCUUAGCCAUGAUCCCAUUUACACCGCGUUUCGUUCUCUAAAGGCGUUAUUCCCACAUCAAAAUUUCACCGCCCCACCCGAUCCCUCUUCGGUAACUUCAUUCGACGUAGUCAACCCCACCCGAGGGCCCGACGCGACGGGUGAAGUCAGAGCCCCACCGCACCUCCCGCAGUUUCGUUUUCCCCAUUUGGUCUACGAUUUAAACUCCGAUAAGUUAACGAGUUGGGAGUUGGCUGAGAAAUUGCGCGAGGUUGUCGCCGAGACGAGUCUUUUGCAGACGGGCAAAGUUUCAACGUGGUUUUGGGUAGGGACGCCUGCUGCGGUGCGGUGUGCCAUGCGGGCAUUGAGGGAAUUAUCAACAUCCCCUGAGGAAGCGGGGGAAACAUUUUACUUUUUGUUGCCCUGGAGCGCAUGGGCGAUUAGUCACCAUCCGUUGCGUCUUUACGAUGAAAGUGGGCAGUCCAUGAGGGCAGCGGAGGUGUUUGAGCAGGAGCUGCAGUCUUUCCUAGAGUCUUCGAGUGAUGUUCUAAACCACGAUGUCGUGCGGGGCGAAGCACCUCCAGGUGUGAGGGUUGUGAUGCGGUUUGUGAGUGCGAUGGAAGAAAUACAACACUUCUCAUUCUUCAGUGAAAUAGGAAAAUGCACGAAGCCUGUUAAAUUUCUUGCAGACGACAUUCAGGUCGUCAACGCAGAGGCCGCACUUGAGGAAGGUAUGCAAGCUUGGCUUCAAGACUUUGCAGUGGAGCGUAGCGGAGUUGAUUCUGUGGAGGUUCAAAAUGAAGAAGACGAAUAUGAUGGCUUGGAUUAA